AUGCAAUUUAAUCAAAUACCAUUGGUACCUGUAGUUCCCCAAAUUCAACGAGAUCCAGCAGCAGUUAGAUUUGGAAUUUUUUUUCUUAGCGCACUUGCAAUUCUUACAAUAGGAACUGGUAUUGGUAUUGGAGUUGGAAAUCUUUCUCAUUAUUACUAUUAUCCACCAAAUAAUCAAACAAAUGUUGAUUAUACUUUUCUCUACAAUCUAACAUUUCGUCAACUUCCUACUAGAACUGUUAGUCGUGUAUCGUUUUUCAUAAAUGAACGUUUCAAAAAGAGAGCAAUCAGUGCGAAAAACUGGUAA